UUUAAUUAUGGUAUAAUCAGUCGGUUGGUAUCGACAGGUUCGUACCGUCGAUCUAUCGACUCGUCGAUUCUAAAAAAUAAGAACCAACAAUUGAACAGCCUAUUCCAAAAAUUGACCGCGGUCAUGUCAGUUUCAAUCGGUCGGCUCGAUUCUUCGAGUCCAUAUGCUCACCCCUGACUGACCAACACAAUUUUCUUUCUUUCUUUUGUAACAAGAAUGAAGAACUUGAGCAAACGGACACUACCAAAUUAGUGUUUGAGAAAAAUGAAAAGAUUUAAAAAAGGGAUCCCUCCAAUCGCGGCCGAAAAGACCAGCCAGUUUGAUGCCAAUAAUGGAUAAAUUCUACGUAUAGAAAUAGCAAUCGUCACCCAUUAUACUUGCAUACUAAUUUUAGUCGAACUUCCCUUCCAUGGACGCUCCAAAACAAAAAAAGAAAAAAAAAUUUCCCAAAAUUCAUUUUCAAGUUCCAACAGCAAUGCCAAUGCCUUUCUUUUAAAGCAAUUUCCCCCAUUUCCCAUCCCACUUUGUACAUUCUACUGCUGUUUUGAAAUUUGAUGUUUGGGGGAAACGAAAACCCUCGAGAAAAUCGUCCCAGAAAAUCGAAGAAGGGGAUGGGAAGAGGGAGAGUGGAGAUCAAGAAAAUCGAGAACAUCAACAGCAGGCAAGUUACAUUCUCCAAACGCCGCAAUGGGUUGAUGAAGAAGGCCAAGGAAUUGUCGGUUCUUUGUGAUGCAGAGGUCGCCAUUGUUGUGUUCUCCAGCACUGGGAGGCUCUAUGAAUUCUCCAGCACUAGCAUGGAACAUACUCUUUCAAGGUACAGAGGACAGGGCAUGGAGUUGGAUUUUCCAAAGGAGACUUUGGACCACACAACAAAAUUGCCACCAUCCGAUUCCAAUACAAAGUCAUCUGAAGAGGAGAUUGUAAAGCUAAAGUUAUCAUGCUUGCAGAUGCGAGGCCAAGAAUUGGAUGGUUUGAGCUUUAGAGAGCUACAAAACUUAGAAAAUCAGUUGCGGGAAGGAAUCGUAUCGAUCAAAGACAAGAAGGAAACAUUGCUUUUGGAGCAGCUCCAAAAGUGUAGGUCACAGGGGGAAAUGGUCAUUUCAGAGAACGAGACUCUGCGAAAACAGCUUGAGGAGUUACAGCAGAGAAAUAAUACACCGCUCCCGGAGUCCAGCCCCUUUCAAAGAUCCUACUUCUCGGAUUCGAAAACUACUUCUACCAACGAGACUGAGGCCGAGACCGAGGCAGAGGAAAAUGACCGCUCGGAAAUUUCCUUGCAUCUGGGGUUAUCGUUGGACGGUCAACGAAAAAGGAAACGAUCGGUUGAAGGUGCAACCAAUGACACAACAGGCAGUCAAGUAGAUUUGGAAGGAGAUGCAAUUUUAGCAACUGAUGAACUCUCUCAUCAUUUUGGUCUGUAACAGACUCGGGUUCCUGCUCGGGCUAUGUUUUCUGCAUUCUCGUCCAGGACCAUAGAAAAUCAAUAGAGGUAGAGCCUAACUACAUUGAGUUGUCUACAGUCAGUUUAUAGUGAUCUUAUUGACUGUUAUAUUCAAUGAAAUUUGACACAGUUAUAGUAAUCAAUUUGAGCAGUGAUUUUUUCUUUUUGGUUCUCUUGGCUUGUACAUGAACAAUUUUUGGUAUAUGAA